AUGGCACCAUCAUUCAGCCAAAGAAGUGGCGGUAGAGGAGGCGGGCGAGGUCGCGGACGAGCUCGCUAUGGCAUUGCACCUGGCGGUCGCCACAAGACCAGUACUACCAACCUUCCAGCAGCACUGAGCGCAGAGAUGGAGGGCAGUUCUUCACAGUUCUUUGCAGAGGGGGACGACCGCGACUUUAGCAAAAAGUUCAAGAACAAGGCCGCAGGGAGAAAAGCUCGCAGGAAGCAGGAGCGAACAGAGAAAAAAAAGCACCGUGCACCGACACUGUCCAAGGUCGAGAUCUUGGCACGACAACAGCACAUGGUUUCAACACCCAAACAAAGCGGUAACAGCGAUAUCAGUAACAGCAAGAAGCAGGGCAAUAAGAAGCAGAAGUUGGAUCAAUCUCGAUUGGAGGUUAACAUGGACGAGCAUGAAGGCGAAACUCCUGUCACGAACAUUGCAGUCUCGGAAAAGAAGAACAAAAAGGCGAAAGAUUCAAUGAAACCCUCUUCGUCCACAGACAUUGCUGAUCUCGAUGCCAGGAGACUCGAAAAACUCGCAAAAUCCAACCCAGCAUUCUACGCCAUGUUGCAGGAGGAUGGCAUUGUUGCCGGUGGUGGACUAGGCAUCGAGGAAGGUUUUGAUGAGGACGAGCAGUACAUUCGCCACUAUGAGAAGAAGCUGGGACUCAAGCGCAAAGAGGCUGGCAAAUUGGCCUCGAAAAAGUCAUUCGUGGACGAUGGUCUUGGUGAUUUGCUGGAUGGAAUUGAGCUUGGAUCUAGAGGUCGUUCAGGAUCGACUGCUGCGAAGAAGAGCGCUGCUACAUUUACCUCAACAAAGUUGAAACCCGAACCAUUGCCAUCAAGCAAGAAGAGAAGCGCUCGUGAAGUCGAGAGUGAAGAGGAUGGAUAUAGCGAGGUUGGCGGCACGGACGACAGUGAGAACGAGGGAGACGAUCUGGACAGCUUUGACGAAGAGCUGGAGGGCGUGGAUCCAGAAGACUUGGAUGAUUCCGACUUGGAUGAUUCUGACUUGGAUGACAAGGACGAAGAAGGCAUGGAGAGCUUUGACGAGGAAUUGGAAGGUAUCCACUCUGAGUCCGAGAACGACGACGAGGACGAUAUGGAGGACAUGGAAGACAUGGAUAGCGGAGAUAUGUUAGAGGGCGAUAGCGAAGAAAGCAAUGAGGAGGAGGAGGGAAGUGAAGAGGCUGAGGAGUCAUCAGCGAAACCGACAUCGACAACACAACUUGGAAAGUACUUGCCGCCUCAACUCCGAGCCGCUGCUACUGCUGCUGCUGCCGCAGAAGCAGAGGGUGGUGCCUCUGUACUUGCCAAGAAUAUCCCGCGAAAAAACACUGAGGAGCUCCUCCGACUUCGCCGGCAGCUUCAGGGUAUGCUCAACAAGCUGAGUGAGAGCAACAUCGAAUCCAUUCUCAUGGACAUUGAGGGUCUUUACCGCAAAUACCCAAGAGCAGAUGUGACGGAGACAAUCACGGAUAUGAUUUUGACAUCGAUCUCGUCCAAGGCCAACUUACUGGACUCAUUUGUAAUCCUCUACGCCACUGUGGUCGCCAGUUUAUACCGCCUUAUCGGCAUCGAGUUCGCGGCACAUUUUAUCCAAACCCUCGUUGAGCAGUUCGAAACCCACCAUGUGCUGGCCUCAAGCACAAAGAGCAUAGCGAUGACGGACGAGACGAUGAGCGCCGUGAAACAGUGUACCAAUUUGAUUGUUCUGGUGUCGGAGCUGUACAACAUGCAGGUCAUUGCUUGUGUACUUGUAUAUGAGUUGAUCCGCUGGUUCAUGACAGAGCUAUCAGAGUUAAACGUCGAGCUUGUGGUCAAGAUUGUCAAGACUUCGGGAUAUCAGCUCAGACAGGACGACCCUACGACGCUAAAGACCAUCAUCCAGGAGUUCACUGUUCUCUCUAACCAACCUACCACCAAGGAAGGAUCAGCGACUCCUAUCUCGUCCCGCACACGGUUCUUGCUCGAAACAUUGACUGCACUCAAGGCAAAUAGGAUGAAGGGACCCUCAACCAACUCGACGACUUCAGGAACCAUUGCUGAGAGUACAACGCGCAUGAAAAAGUUCUUGUCAGGACUUAGCAAAAAGAGGACCACAUUCCCUUCAGAACCCAUGCGAGUCGGCCUCACAGACAUUCGUCAAGCAAAGACCAAAGGAAAGUGGUGGUUAGUCGGUUCGAGCUGGAAGAACAACAUGGUCGGCGAGGAGAGCACUCAGAAAUCGUAUUCUACUUCGACUGCAGACGAUGUCCUGGAAGCGGAGGAUGAGCUGCUGAAACUGGCGAGGAAGAACAAGAUGAAUACAGACGUCAGGAGGAGCAUCUUUGUGGUACUCAUGAGUAGUGAGGACUAUAUCGACGCUUUCGAAAGAUUGAUCAAGCUGAAUUUGAAGGAGGUACAGCAGCGCGAGAUCGUGCGAGUACUACUUCACUGCGCUGGAAAUGAGAUGGUCCACAACCCUUACUAUACGCUUGUUGGACAGCGUCUCUGCCAGCACGACCACUCUUUCAAAAUCACAUUCCAGUACUCUCUGUGGGAUAUACUGCGAGAGAUGGGUGCCACAGACGUGGGUGGUAUGGAGAAGGUCAAGGACGGCCAAGUGGUCGGUCUGGAUGAUGGUGUUGGCAGUGGCAAGAAGGUUGCGCUCCGGAGGAUUGUCAACCUGAGCAAGAUGUACGGGUUCCUGAUUACCUCACACGACCUGAGUCUGGUCAUGCUUAAGACUGUCACUUUCACAUCCCUCCCAGAACAGCCUACGCUAUUCUUCCAGCUCCUCCUCACAAACAUCAUCCUGUCCUCACAGCCCCAGAUCCAUUCUCCACUCCAGCAACAGAAGCAGCCCCAGCAGCAGGCAUCGAAAGAGAAGCCGAAGUAUAACGCGCAGGCGCUAGCUGACAUAUUUAUUCGUGCAGCCGUGAACCCGACUCUGGCGCAGGGGAUCAUAUUUUUCCUGCAGGCGUUUGUCAGGAAGGGUCAAGUGUGCCAGACAGAUCGUGAGAAGGACACCAUAAAGUGGGCAUGCAAUACUAUUAGGGAAGUCCUCCAGGGAGCUGUCAACACUGGUGGUCGCUUCUAG